UUAUAUUUAAUGGCACGACGGUCACAGUAUCUUACUGUAGUCUAUUCGGAAUAAGAGCACACCAGAUUUACGUACCUACCUAGCAAAACCGGUUUCGACCGUGGCCGCCCGCAGUGUCGUCUUAUUCUCAAUAGAAUAUAUUAUUGUAUUUUCACCCGAAUUUACGCUUUAUAAUAUAUUUAUGUCUACAUUAUUGUAUUGUUAAAUUAAUUUUUGUAUAUUAUGUUUUAAAUAUCGAAAACAGUUUAGUGUAAUAAUAAUCGAAAGCUGGAACUCAGCCAUACGAAUAUUGUUAAGCUUCAAUUCGCCUGUAUAUAUAUAAAUAUAAUAAUAUGUGCAGUCGUGCAGGAUACAUAUACCUAUAGGGAAACAAAAUAUUAUGUCAACAUUUUAUUAAUUCUCAUUCAUAGACGUUUUACUAAUUUUUUUAAAAAAAUAAAACGGCUCGAUAUGGAAAUGUGUGUUCAGCCAACACGUUUUUACAAGCUUGAUAUAGGUUGCAAAUUGAAUCGACAGGUUUAAGUGAAUAAUAAUAAUUUAUUAUUGUUGAGAUACCGAUCAUCGUUCUAUGUGCAUUAAACAUUCAAACAAUUCAUAAAAAAAAACAGUUUGGAUAUGAUUACAAGAAAUAAGACAUAAAAUCAAAUUUUGGUGCAGAUUAACAAAAACUCAAUCAAAAUGUCCAAGAAGGGUGUGUACAGGCAAACAUAUGUCACUGUAGUCGCGACCAUGUCGAUAUUCAUUAGCGGCAUGUGGCUAGGGUGGCCAAGCUCGGUGGUGGAGAAGUUCGUCAAUCACAAGACGGACUUCAACGUGACCAUGGACGAGCUGUCAUGGAUCGUGGCCACGAUGGAUCUGGGUAACAUGAUCAGUCCGCUAAUGGCCGGCCACCUGAUGGACUGGAUGGGCCGGAAGCUCAGUAUCGUGGUGCUAGGGCCGCUGUUCAUCGUAUCGUGGGCGCUGACGCUGUUCGUUCCCACCCCCUGGGCGCUGUACACGGCCCGUCUGCUGGCCGGCAUGGGCAAGGGCAUGUCGUACACGGUGGUGCCCGUGUACCUGGGCGAGAUAGCGUCGCCCGCCAUACGCGGAGGAUUGGGAAGCGUGUUCUGCCUUCAGUUGCACUGUGGCUUGCUGAUGGAGUCAAUUAUCGGUCCGUUGGUGUCGUACCGGACGCUGAACGUCGUGUCCGCCGUCGUGCCAGUUCUGUUCUUCGCCGCCGUUGUCUGGGUGCCCGAGUCACCGUACUAUCUGCUGAAGCGCAACCGUCGGCCACAAGCAGCCGUGUGCCUGCAGUGGUUCCGGGGCGGCGGUGACGUGGUCCACGAACUGGACCAGAUGGAGGUGAACGUGCGUAAGGAGAUGGAGAACCGUUCAACGUUCCAGGAGCUGUUCGCCAGCCGGAAGGACAUGCGGGCGCUGUCCAUCGUGGUGGCCGCGUGCGCCGCGCAGCGCGGGGGUGGCAUCAGCUGCAUAUUGGCCUACUCGUCGCUCAUACUGCCGGAUAAUGGGCCGCUGUUGAACAAGCACCAGUCGAUCAUGCUGUUCGGCGUCACUAUGGUCGUAGUAAACUUUGUGGCCGUCGCGCUGGUGGACAGGGUGGGCCGGAAACCGCUGUUGCUCUUAUCCGAGGCGGGCAUGGCUGUGCUGACGCUGACGUUCGCCGUGUUCUUUUACUGUUCUCGGGGCGACGGCAGUGACUGGGCCAGCCGCGAGCUCGCGUGGCUUCCGUACCUCUGCCACUGGUCGUUCGCCGUCAUGUUCGCGACCGGCGUGGGGUUCGUGCCGGUCGUGUUCCUCGGCGAGAUGUUCCCGGUCAACAUCCGGUCGCACUGCUCGGCCAUCGCUUCCAUCACGCUGGCAUUCUGCUCGUUCGUCACCAACAAGAUGUUCCUGUUCGUGUCCGAUCGCUACGGGGUCCAUGCCAUGUUCUUGCUGUUCACCGUCGUCAAUUUGGUCGGCACGUUCUACACGUACAAGUACGCAAUCGAGACGAAAGGCAAGACGUUACAGGAGAUCCAAGAGCAGCUGCAGGACACCGUUGGACCUCGUCGAGGGAAAACCAACCAAAAUGACAAUUAAAGUUGUAGCCUGUAUGUACUAAGCAACGAUUGAAUCCAUUAAAUCUGUUGUAAACUUGUAAAACUGUUAAUAAUAAUUUUAUUUAAUGUUAACAAAAAAUUAUAAUUUAAAUAUUUAUAAAUUAAAUCACCCUUGUUUUAUUUCUUUAAUAUUUUAAACAUUUAAAAUCUCAGCGUUAAAUAAAUAUAAAUGACAAAAACGGGAGAUAUCUCAGAUAGGCGUAAUAUAAAUUAUUAUUAAAUUAUAAAUAUUGAAUAAAAUUUAAGUAUUAUAUUGAUAAUCAAAUGAACAUUUUCGGGAUAUGUCUCGGUCGGACUCUGGACACACUAUAGUGUCUAUAGCCCUUUGUUCAUGUUAAGACUUUUUGUCUAAAAAAUAUAGAAAAUAAGUGGAUAAAUAUAAACUAUAGGUGCCUAUAUUAUAUCAUGUGAAUAUUUUGUUGUCGUUCCUUGUGUAACGAUAGCCAAUGGUCAAUGAAUAAUCAAUAUAUUGUAUGUAACGUU